AUGGUUCUCAAACCUGCCGUGGCCAGCAUGUCGCUGGGGAGGGCAUGGCUGCAUAAAUUGCCAAACAAGCUCGACCAGGCGGCCAGUCAGCACUUUCAAGGCGUGGAAAUCUUCUACGAAGAUCUGGAGUACUUUGCACGAGAACUGGCGUCAUCGUCGUCGGGCACGUCUGCGGAUCCAACAGCAUCAGCAACACAAUCAUCGUCAGUAUCACCACCACCAUCACCAUCUCAACUCCUCGAAGCGGCCACCACCAUCCGCCAACUAUGCCAGGAUCGCAGCCUCACCAUCAUCGGAAUGCAACCAUUUCUGCACUACGAGGGCCUCAUCGACCGACAAGAGCACGCGUCCCGGAUCGAGAAAUUGAAGCUAUGGUUCCGCAUCGCGCACUCCCUCGGCACCGACGUGAUCCAGAUCCCGUCCAACUUCCUCCAAGACGGCAUCACGGGUGACCGGGACGUCCUGGUACAGGACCUGGUCGAGGUGGCCGACAUGGGCCUCCAGGAGCGACCGGUGAUCCGGUUCGCGUACGAGAACCUCUGCUGGGGCACGCACGUCGACACGUGGGAGAAGGCGUGGGAUCUGGUGCGCCAGGUCGACCGUCCCAACUUCGGCAUCUGUCUGGACACGUUCAACAUUGCCGGCUCGGUGUGGGCGGACCCAGCCGCCGUGACGGGCAAGACGGCCGACGCCGACACAGCGUUGGCAGCGACCCUGGCUAAAUUGCGGAAGGACAUCGACGUGACUAAGGUCUUCUACGUCCAGGUCGUCGACGCCGAGCGCAUGCGCACCCCACUGGUCCAAGGCCAUGCUUUCUAUGCGCCCGACCAGCCGGCCAGGAUGAGCUGGUCGCGCAACGCCCGUCUGUUUGCUUUCGAGGAGGGCGGGUACCUCCCCGUCUUGGAAAUCACCAGAACUAUCUUGCAGGACCUGCGGUACCAAGGUUGGGUUUCUAUGGAGCUCUUCUCGCAGUCCAUGGCGGAUCCGGAUCCUUUGGUCCCGGAGACACAUGCGCGAAGAGCCGCGGAGGCGUGGGAGAAAUUGGGGAGAGAAAUCGCUACUUGGGGGGUCGAAUGA